GUCAGGGAGGGAGCCGUCGGGCGCGAAAGGGCGGUGCUGGUUUAAACCGUUGACUCCGCUUGGUAGCAGGCGCUGCCACUCAGUUCCUUCACUUCAGGGUUGUUCCUUCACUUUAGGCCCCAGAGGCAGCUCGGCCUUCCUUCCUUUCUUCCCUCCCUCCUUCCCAAACGCCCCUUCCGUAGCUUGGCGGGUGGGUUUGGCACUCGGGUGGGAGUUUGCUGAAAGGGAGUUUCCCCUUUCUGUGGCGGCGCCCAAAGCCUCUUCGUCGUGGACUGCGCGAGCACAAUGAGCACUGAGGAAGUAACAUGGGAGAAGCUGGAUGCAGAAUUUGAUCACUGUGUUGUAGAUAUGAAACCUUAUGUUUUGAAACUCCCUCAUAAACCAGAACGUGAAAGAUGUGCCCUUUGGAUUAAGAAGCUAUGUGAGCCUUCAGGUGCAGGCACAGGAAUUGCUGGUCGGAAGAACCGGAAUCUCUAUGCGAAAUUGCUUCUGCAUAUGCUGAAGAAGGGUGUGCUCGAGGGACCUUUUGUACAGAAACCAGAAAAAGGAAUGUUGAAAACUCUUCCUUCAUACAUGUUUGUCUACUUCAAUGAACCAAAUUCAGAAAGAAUGCUGAAUGAGUCAACUGAAUGCCCAGAAGACUUACCAGACUGGGUCAUGGGAGAGCUGGGACAAAGUAAGCAGGACAAGUCCUGGAUACAUUCUUUUAGAGAGGAGUCUGCCCUGGUAACCUCCCCAUCUGUACAAAGGGAGCUGUACUCUUAUAAUGGAAAACGUGCACUAAAGUCUCAUUCUUUGAGUCCUCCUCAUCUGCCAGUAGAUGACAACUCUCCAUCAAAAACACUGGGGGACCAUCGUUCAAAAAAAUGUUCUUUGGAUGACAGUGACUUUGAGACCCGUCUCAACAGCUGGAAUCUUGGGCUUGAAAAUCCCAGAUAUUUACGUGAGAAGCCUAUACCCCUGGCAUUGAUGUCACCUAAAAUAGACAUGAUGAAAAAUAGCACUUCUCUGGAUGAACAGACACUGUUCCAUAUACAUGAAAAAGAGCUAGAGAUGAAAACAAAGCUAAUGGAAGCAAGAAUUCAUGAAGAAAAGCUGAAAUUACAGAAGAAGCAUGAUGCAGAUGUUCAAAAGAUUUUGGACAGAAAAAAUAAUGAAAUUGAAGUGCUGAAGACACUGUCCAAAACCAAACAAAGUGAAGCUGAAGAGACUAUUCAAAAACUUGAAAAGAAAGUUCAAAUGCUUGUUCGUCAAUCACAAGUUGUUAGAGAAGAUAAGGAGAAACAAAUUAUUGAACUGAAAAAGCUGUGUGAGCAAAGCACUGAUUCCCUAAACAAUGAAUGGGAGAAAAGGCUCCACAAUGCUGUAGCUGAAAUGGAAAAGGAAAAAUUUGAUCUUCAGAAGAAACACACAGAAAAUAUUCAGCAAUUGCUGGAAGAUACAAAUGCACGUCUAAGUAAAAUGGAUGCAGAAUAUUUGGCGCAAACAAAAGCAACUACCCAGAUGGUGAAAGAGCUAGAAGAACGUGUUCAUCAGUUGACUGUGGAAGCUGAAACUAGCAAUUUACAGCGUCAGAAGUUAUCUCAGGAAAAAAUUAAUCUGGAGCAAUCUUACCAGGCUAUAUGCAUAGAACUUGAAGAAGUCAAGGCAAGAUGCAACUCACUUCAAAAAGAAAAGGGAUACAUUGUACAAGAAUACGAGCAGAACAUUAAACAACUACGAAGCAAAUAUGAUGCUGAUCUAAAUCUGAUGAAACAGGAACAUGCUCUUUCUGCAGCAAAAGCAUCUGAUGUGAUUGAAGAAUUAGAACAGUGUGUGUCUCAAUUAAAACAACAGUUACUAGAAUCAGAACAUCAAAGGCAGCAACAGCUGAGGGACCAGGAGCAAACAUUUCUACAGGAAAAACUUCAUUUGGAGAGAUCACAUGAAAAAAAGAUUCAUGGAUUGCAGAAUGACUUGGAUAAAGAGAAAAUUGAUUCUUUUAAGAGAAUACGAAAACUCGAAGAUAUUCUACGGGAGAAGGAGGAGCAGCUGACUGAGGUGAUGGAGGUACAGAGCCGGCAAGCCCAGCAGGCUGAUGCUGCCCUGGAGGAGUUUAAGCGGCAGGUGGAGCUGAACUCAGAAAAAGUCUAUGCUGAAAUGAAAGAGCAGAUGGAAAGGGUGGAAGCAGAUCUAAGCAGAUCAAAAUCGCUCCGUGAAAAGCAGUCAAAAGAAUUUUCUUGGCAAUUGGAGGAACUCAAGCAAAGAUAUGAACAACAGAUAGUAGAGCUGAAGCUGGAGCAUGAACAGGAGAAGACGCACCUAUUCCAACAGCAUAACACAGAAAAGGAUUGCCUGGUUCGAGACCAUGAACGAGACAUUGAGAAACUAGAAAAACAGCUUCGGGCUGCCAUGACAGAGUACGACAAUAAAAGUCAGGAAUGCAGGAAACGAGAUGCGCAGCUCAUCUCCGAUAUGGAAGCCCAGAUCCAUGCACUGAGGGAAGAGGUAAUUCAGGUGAAUACACAAAGAAAACAGCAGCUGGUUGAACUUAGCCUUCUAAGAGAAGAGGAAAAGCAGAAAGUUCUCCGAGAACACGAAACUGCCAUGAGCAACCUAAAAACUGAGUCAGAAAAGAUGAUGCUGGACCUAAAAAAGAGAAGUGCUGUAGAAAAGGAGAUGGCGCUGGAAAAGGCCAGCAGCAGGUUGAAGCAGAUUGAAAAGGAAUACACUCAGAAGUUUGCCAGAUCUUCACAGAUCAUAGCUGAACUUAAGACAACCAUUUCCUCUCUGACAGAGGAAAGCAACCAGCAGCAGCUUACUGCAGAAAGACGUCUGCAGGAUGUUUUACAAAAGUUUGAAGAUGAGAAGCAGCAGCUGAUUAGAGAUAAUGACAGAGCAAUCAAGAACUUGCAAGAUGAAAUUGAAAACUACAGCAGUCAAGUUCGCACUGCAGAGAAGAUACUACAACGCAAAGAUCUGGAGACUCAGGAACAGAUAACUUCUAUACGGCAAGAAUAUGAAACCAAACUUAAAGGUCUGAUGCCAACAUCUUUGAGACAGGAACUUGAAGACACAAUUCUUUCACUAAAAUCUCAGGUAAACUUUCUGCAGAAAAGAGCAUCCAUCCUGCAAGAGGAACUGAGCACCUACCGUACCAGAAGGUAACUACUGGAGCUGACUGAUUUGUUCAAGUUUCUCAUGGACUACUUUCAGCAGGUUUGAAGAUUUGGAUCUUGUGAACUAAUCUGAGAGAUCAGUGGCUCUUUUAGUAAAGCAGAUGAAGUAAUUCUAAGAAAGCUCAUCCGUCAUUCAUAACAAAUUUUAUGUUACCAUUUACUUGAAUUAUUUUAUCAUUAUAAUACAAUUUUUAUGUUUUUGAUAUAUACAAUACCUGUAUUUAUCAAUAUACCUACUGAAAAACUUAAUUUUGUUUGCUCAUAUUGUUUUUGUUACUGGAUUUCAGAUACAAUUUAUUUACUUUUUACACAUUUGAAGAAUCACGUUUUUAUUAUAAUCAUCAUCACCAUUAUUUUAUUAUCUAAACUGUAUUAAAACAUAUGUGGCAUUCUCUUCAUGUUCACAUGAAAGCAUAUUAAAAUAUUUUUCUACA